CUUUAUUAUCUCCCUUCGAAGUUUGUUUUGAUAAGCACGAAAGUCAAAUGAACUUAUAUAAUUGCGUUUACCUUUACUAGUCUAACAAAAGAUCAUCUGGCCGAAUUACAUUUUUUAAAAGAGUGGACAAGAAGGCGCAUAGCAUAAUUAAAAGGUUUAAUCAUCAUGAUCAUGGAAAUAUAGCAGGCACCACUACAAUCUCUAUUAUUCUAACCACACUAGACAAUACAGAUAUUUUAACAGUGGUCUCCCCUGAAAAACCUAAGAGACAGUUAAGAAAUGUUACACGAUGGCCAUGGUGGACAGGAGAGGACAGGAACAGAUACAUUUUCAGAAACGGAAAAUAAAGAGAUUUUAACAGUUAUCUCCCCUGAACAACCUACAAACAAUUUAGGGAUGUUACACGGUGGACAGGACAAGACAGAAACACAUAUGGUUUCUGAUACCGAAAUCUCCCCUGAACAACCAACAGACAAUUUAGAGAUGUUCAACGGCGGACAGGACAAGACUGAAACAAAUAUGGUUUCUGAAACCGAAAUCUCCCCUGAACAACCAACCGACAAUUUAGAGAUGUUCCUCGUUGAACAGGACAAGACAGAAACAAAUAUGAUUUCUGAUACUGAAAUCUCCACUGAACAACCUUCAGACAUCUUAAAGACGUUCUACGGUGGACAGGACAAGACAGGAACAAAUAUGGUUUCUGAUACCGAAAUCUCCUCUGAACAACCUACAGACGAGUUAGCUACGUUACACUGCGGACAGGACAAGACUGAAACAAAUAUGGUUUCUGAUACCGAAAAGAAAGAUAAACUGACAUUCAUUCGUCUUGAUCAGACCAGUACAGAGUCAGACCAACUGAUGGAUAAGGCAUAUCAGACUUGUACAGACCAACUUAUGGAUAAGGCAUAUCAGACUUGUACAGACCAACUGAUGGAUAAGGCAUAUCAGACUAGGGGGAAGUUUGAUACUGGUACUGAAUGUGGAAAAGAGUACCAGUGUAAUGUUUGUGGUAAAGAAUGUAAGGGUAAUGUUUGUGGUAAUGAAUGCCAGGGUAAUGUUUGUGGUAAUGAAUGCCAGGGUAAUGUUUGUGGUAAUGAAUGCCAGGAUAAUGUUUGUGGUAAAGAGUGCAAAACUAGUGCAUGUGGUAAACAGAUCAAAGGAAAGGCAUGUAACUUAUGUAAUAAAGGAUUUCGUCAGACUGGGGUCUUAAAGACUCGUAUUAUAAAACAUGAAGGCUAUAAACCUUACAAAUGUGGAGUCUGUGAAGUAGAUUUUAGUAGGAAGCAACACCUAGAAAUGCACAUGAGAACACAUACUGGUGCUAAACCAUACAAAUGUGAUUUAUGUGAUAAUACUUUUAGACAGGGUCAUCACUUACGGAAUCAUAUGAGAACACAUACUGGUGAUAAACCAUUCACAUGUGAUAUAUGUGAUAAGACAUUUAGUGAGCGUUCUCACAUGCAGAAACACAGGAAAACGCAUACAGGUGAAAACCCGAGUAAAAUAUGUAAAUGUGAUGUAUGUGAAAGGGAAUUUAGUCUGCGUUCUGACUUAAAGAGACACAUUAGAACACAUACGGGUGAUAAACCUCAUAAAUGUGAGGUAUGUGGUAAAGCUUUCUGUAGGAAGGAACACUUUCAAUCACACAUGAGAACACAUACUGGUGAUAAACCUAAUCAAUGCGAGGAAUGUGGUAAAGCUUUCACUAGGAAGGAAGGCUUACGAGUACACAUGAGAACUCAUACUGGCGAGAAACCGUUUGCAUGUGAUAUUUGUGGUAGAGGUUUUACUUGUAACAACGAUCUGCAAAGACAUAAACGCAGACAUUUAAGACGUGAUGAACAUGGUGAAGGACCGUAUAAAUGUGAUAUGUGUGAUAAAGAUUUUAUUCGGACAUCAAAUUUAAAAGUGCAUAAAAGAACACAUAAUGGUGAAAAACCAUUUUUGUGUGAGAUAUGUGGUCUAACAUUUAGCCUUUCAAUUUCUUAUGCUUCACACGUUACAAAACAUAAUGCUGAGAAGGCCAAAUUACUCGAAACUCGAGAAACUCGAAACAAAUAAACUUUUUGUAUUGACUUACGUUAUUAAUAAACGUUUGAAAAAUA